UGUACGCAUACAGACCGUUUGCUUGACUGCUUCCGUAUCCAUUACUGUUUUGUCCCCUCACACAACCACCGUACAUAUCGAUCGACUCCCAUAAAGUGCUCUAUUCCUCGACAAUUAUCUUGCCUGAGCCAUACACAACCCGGCGUUUCGCAUCCACGCAAUGCCUUCUAAUACCAACGGCGACAGGCCGUCCCAACCGAUUGGCUCCUCGCGAUGGCAAUCAAAUGGUAUUUGGGGAAGUGGCUAUAGCAACGGUGUGAUUGGAGGCUCGCUCACUGCUGCCCGGGACAGCAAUUCAAGAGGUUCCGACGAGGCGUCCCCAAGUGCCCCUUCUGGUAGUGCGCAGUUGAACCCGCAGUCAGAGGCUGUGGGCUGGGGAAGCAGGACUCAGAUCUGGAGCCAGCCGGGACCUCCGUCUCAGGGCCAGUCCACCUCGGGAACCACCUCGCCAUCUGUGGCUCGCGACAACAAGCACGACGCUCCAUUCUUCCCAAGAACCGCUGCUGUCGGACAGAAUGGAAACAGCUUGGGCCAUCGCACUGGUAUGCGAGGGUCUCGUGACCUCUCUUCUGCUUUCGGAUCCUCUGCAGAUGACACACGCAGCGCCGCGUUGUAUGGCCCUUCAAACAGCUCACCAUUCUACCGGCGGAACUCGGGCGAUGCUUCCUUCCCUACUCUCGGUUCGACAAGGCAGGGCAAUCUCGCGUCGCGGUCGACAGAUGCUGACGUGCAACUGGCCACCGCGUCCUACAAUGACAAUGGAUCAUAUCCUUUCACUUCCAACAACUCGCGAUCCGCUAUUCCCUCGGGCCUCCAGCCUGCUGCCCGCUCCAUGGGCGGCGGUUUUCGGUCUGAUGUAAACGAGAAAGAGCUCAAGGAGACGUUCAACCGGGCGCUCACUCUGGAGGACAGCUCAAACACGUCCAGUCUAGCUAAUGGCGUCAGCCAGCCGUUUCAGUUCAACCCCGGCUCACAGCCAUGGCAGAACGAUCCGCAAAAUGGACAGCGCGAUACCUUUGGUGAUUUCGGGGGAUCCUAUUUCCCAUCGCAGCGAGGCUCCAGCGGCCGUGGCUCGGCCUCUGGCAGCCCGUUUGCGCCUCACAUGAAUAGCCCUAGACAUUUCAACGGGCCGGCCUCGUCGCGCCAAGACUCCUGGAACAGGUCCAACUCGAGAGUCCCUCAGGAUUUCGAACGACCCCAGCUUGGCGGGCAGUAUCCUCCGCAAUCUGCCUACUACCCCUCCCCGUACUAUCCCCAGCAAUACGGCAACCCUUUUGAUCCUUACAUGGCCAACCCGAAUUAUCGAGCCCAGUUGGCUUCGUCUGGAUACCACGUACCCGUUGCGCCAUAUCUGAGCGGUGUUCCGCCGCCAUUUCGUCCUAGCCGGGAUAUGGACUCGGGCAGAGGCGUGCGCAGUCUCUUGCUCGAAGAGUUCCGUGGAGCUGGCAAGCCAAACAAGCGCUACGAACUCAAGGAUAUCCAAGGCUACGUUGUCGAGUUCAGUGGCGAUCAGCAUGGUUCUCGCUUCAUUCAGGAAAAGUUGCAGACCGCCAACAGUGACGAAAAGGAAAUGGUCUUCAAGGAGAUUGAGCCCAAUGCUCUGCAGCUCAUGAAGGACGUUUUCGGCAACUAUGUUAUCCAGAAAUUCUUCGAGCAUGGCAACCAGGUACAGAAGAAGAUUUUGGCCAGUCAGAUGAAGGGCAAGGUUCCGGAGCUGUCGACUCAGAUGUACGCUUGCAGAGUUGUUCAGAAGGCACUUGAACAUGUUCUUGUUGAACAGCAGGCUGAGAUCGUCGACGAGCUCAAGCCGAAGAUCAUGCAGGUGAUCAAGGACCAGAACGGCAACCAUGUUGUGCAGAUGGUCAUCAAGCUAGUUCCCCGCUUGUGCAUUCCUUUCAUCCUGGACUCUUUCCGUGGCCAGGUUGACCAGCUCUCAGCGCACAACUACGGGUGCCGCGUUGUCCAGCGCAUGCUGGAGUACGGAACAGACGAGGAACGCAAGGAGCUCAUGGACGAGCUGCACGCCCAUGCGAAUGUAUUGAUCACCGAUCAAUUUGGCAAUUAUGUCACCCAACACAUUAUCGCCCAGGGUAACCCCGAGGAUCGAAACAAGAUGAUCACCCUCGUCAUUGACAACUUGGUGGCGCUCUGCAAGCACAAGUUCGCGUCCAAUGUCGUAGAGAAGUGCAUCGAGCACGGUACCACCGAGGAGCGGCAGACCAUCAUGAGGCAACUGCUUGCCAUUGGUCCUGACGGCACGAGCCUGUUGCAGUCCAUGAUUCGGGACCAAUUUGGCAACUACGUAAUUCAACGGCUUCUGGAGUGCGUUGAUGGACCCGAGCGGGAGUCUUUUAUCAAGGAAGUUAGCAUCCAGUGCGCGAAUCUGAAGAAGAGCGGUAACUGCCGCCCUCUUACUGCGAUCGAAAAACUCCUCGAGAAUGCUCAGGUGCCUUUUUCUACCGACGAGCCAGCGAAGCCGUCGACCCCUGGUCCACAGGGCGAGGCCAGUACUGCAGCAGAGACACCAUCACUCACCACCGAGGAGAACAGUCCUCAGAGUAGCGGACCUCCUAGCACCCGGAGCAGCACCGUCGAUGCCUCUGUCCAUGGUGCUUUGAAGAAUCUUUCCCCAGAAGGCGCACCUCGCGAGCUAGCUGUCCAGGCUGUGGAGCCUUAGCGGAAUGGCCGACGUCAGUUCAGCAUAAUCAUGCGCGGACUCGGUAGAUUCACGUGAUCUCCAAGUCCGCUCAAGACAGUCCUGAUUCG